AUGGCUGCCGUUGCAUCAUAUCCAGUCGACGCCACCAGGGCUGCGGCUCUCGACUCGCAACGAUAUCUUGAAACUCGCCUCAAAUCAACACCUACAACUAGCGCAGUCUCCUUCGACUCAAUCCCAAUUAUCGACCUCUCUCCCUCUUUCUCCUCCUCCCUCUCCGCCCGACAGGCCGUAGCCCGUCAAAUCAGGGAAGCAUGCACGACCAUAGGCUUCUUCUACAUCACUGGGCACGGCAUGGAGCUCAUCAGCCAGAAAACCCUGGAACUUGCCGAGCGAUUCUUCACGGAGCUAUCGCAGGAGUCGAAAGACAAGAUACAUAUGAGACAGUCGAAAUACUUCAGAGGGUAUGAGCCGCCGAGUUAUUCGUCUCUAAAUAAUUUCACACAAAAAGAGACCAAAGAAGCAUUCAACUGGGCAUAUGAAGCUGCCCUUGACCCCACGGGUGGGGAUGGGAAGUAUGUGGAAUUAGACGGCGCAUCUGUUAGUAGCCAAAAUCUUUGGCCGGAUGAAUCUGAAAUACCGGGUUUCUAUGAAGGUAUUAAGGAAUAUUAUGGGACUACGAUGCAAUUGGCAAGACACCUAUUCCGCCUCUUUGCGCUGUCUCUCGACCUUCCAGAAGACUAUUUCGAUUCCAUGAUGACCCACCCCGGGGGCAUGUGCCGCCUCAUUAAAUACAAGCCAAGCGAGAAUCCAAAACCGCUCUCCGAGGUGAGUGAGGAUGAGGAGAUUGGACUCGGGGCCCAUACGGACUACGAAUGCUUCACUCUCCUCUUACAAGAUUCCAACCCAGGACUAGAGAUCCUCUCUCCAGAUGGCCGCUGGAUUAGCGCUGGUCCUGUCGAAGGAGGCAUCGUUGUCAACGUUGCGGACUUUUUGAUGCGCUGGACGAAUGGGAUCUACAAGAGCACGGUGCACAGGGUAGUCAAUCGCACGGAUAAGGAGCGGUACAGUGUUCCGAUGUUCUUCUCUAUCAACUAUGAUGAGAAGGUCGAGACGUUGCCUAGCUGUGUGAGUGAGGAUAACCCAUCGAAGUUCCCGCCUAUCACGGCCGGAAAGUAUGUGAUGAAUAGGCUGGCUAUGACGAUACCGGGGAAGUUCUGA